AUGAUUCGAGGCAAUUGGAGUUUGGCUGGAGAAUUGAGAAAAAAUGAACGAUCCCAGCAAGUGAAGGUCCAGAAGAGACAAAAACAUCAACAUAAACUUACAAAACUUAAAGACAUAGACCCUAUAAAGCUAUAUCAUCGCAUUAAAAAUCUUGAAGAUAAAUCUGAGAAAACAGAACGUGAUGACAACUAUUUAAAGUCUCUUAAAGAAGAUUGGGCAUUCAUAGAGAAAAACAAACUUCAUGAAUCAAAGAUUAGAACUUUUCUUGACCAACAAGAAAAAGAUGAGAAAAAAAGAAAGAAAGAAUCAACAAAACUCUGGGGUCUGAAGUCGGUGUAUUUCAAUCCAGAAUUGAACCCGCUUGGGAAAGUUCCUCAACUGGAAAGCCUUGUUACCAAACUCAAACACCCAUUAACUAAUAUUACAACACCAUUGAAGAAAGAUCAAACCAAGAAAUAUGAAAUUGAUCCUUUGAUCAAACAAUUGAAUAUCAAGUGUCCUCCAGAAGAUCCGCCAAAAUUCUACAAAUUUGUACAAAAUACCACAAAACCAAAAGUGAAACCUGCCGAAGAGCAACCACAUUUAGUUUCGGAAAAUACGGAAUUAAAUCAUGAACUGUCAAGUGAAAAUAGUGCUAACGAUGAUUCUUCAGAUGACGAAGGAGUUUCCAAACGAAUAAAACUAGGUUAA